UACAUGUACUUCCGUGUUUGUGCUGAGAAUUCAGCAUGGCCGAAGAACGGUGGAACAGAAUAAACAUUCCUUUUCCAAGUGCCGUUUCAAGCGUUCGUAUACCUUUCAGUAAUGCAACAGGUUUAACUCUAAACAAUAUUCAAGAAGAGAAUAUCAAAGUCCUGAAGUUGCUUAAGAGUCAAGUUCUUCAAACUGAGAUACGCGUUCUGUACGAGUUGCUUUAUGCAUUUAAAAACGCCUUCAGACAGCACAAGCCUUUCAGAGUAUUGAAACAGAUUGAACAAUGCAUCAACCGAUUGAAAGAAAUGAAGUUGGAAACAGCCCUCCUGGACCUGAGGGAACUAUGUCCAAAUCAUAUGCAAAGGCAGCUUGCUAUCAAGGUGGGCCAAUGUCCCGUCCCUAGUCAGCCGAUGCUGGAGUGGCUCUGUCUCAAAGUUCUGGGAGCAUCCAGCCUGAUGAGAUGCCUUCUCCACCACUGUACCAGAGCCUUCAUACUGGCAAGGCAACAUCUCCGAUGUAAAGAAUUCAUCAUAUUCAAUGUGAUACUCACGAGCAUGGUCAGUCGACUAUGGGUGUUUUUCCGGGGCAUCCUGGGCACCCUGGCCCCUCUUUACCAACAGCUCCUGGGGCUUCUGCAGGAGGUGUCUCAGGUUCAGCUCUUGCCCUCCCUAGGAGACUUCACCCUGCCCUUAGACAUCACCCAGUUCCUGGGGCCCUCUGACCUCCCUGCCCUGGUGAAGCGGGAACUCCCCCAUGCUGGACCAGGGUCCCCCUGGCUCACCAGGCUGUCUGAGGGGGAGGAGACGAAGCAGUUGGGGGGUUUACAUCGCGCUAACACGAGUCGGAGAAUCGAUCUGGGAGAAGCAGUUUUGUUCCAAAGGAUGGGUGAUUCAGAUGUGCCUGGAUUUAAUGUGAAGGCUUUGGUGAAACAAACCCAUGGCAUUAUCACUGAGGUAUCAAUAGAAUCGGAACAGUUCUCCUCGCAGGGUACCAUCACGGUUGAUCAAAAGAGGAAGUUCCUAAAGCCUGUGAAAGCAGCAGGUACAUUCAGUGCCGUGUCAUCCCACUUGGGGGGAAUGCUUCGCUGGUGCAAACGUCAGAGGCUUCCACAAGAGACUAGACGCCUGGCAUUUCUGCACCUGAGCUGUCGGCGGAUGAAACAUCUAGAAGCCGCAGGAUACAGUGUUCAGAGGAAGUUAAGGAGCUACAAACUGCAAGUCAGGUGGGCGUUGGCAGGGAAACAAGCCCCUCCCAGGACCUGGCAGGAACCAAUCACAAUGUGGCGGAGGGCACACCCUAAAACUAGACUCCGAUUGAUCAAGAAAGAAGUCGGUGUUCACAGAAAACUAUCCGACAGACGGAGGCAGAAAUCUGCAGUGUUGUCUUUUGUGGACCCACUGGAGAAUCUGUCUGAACAAAAAGAUCUGUCUGAUAUUAGCAGAAGUGAGAAAGUGUAUGAACCCUCAGAAGACACCACACCCUGUGCCAACUUAAAUGAUAUAGAUGACAUAUUUGCUUCCUUAGAUUUCUGAGACAAGAUUUUAGGAUGAUAGGAUGUUAUUAGAUCAUAUAUAGUUUUAAAGCAUCCACUAGUCAUUCACCAAUUUUUUCUGUGUGUGUCAUAUUAAACAUUUUCCAAGAGUUGAACCAUCCAAAUAAAAAAACAAUUAUACAA